UGAAGUUUGGCUCGACACUUCACUUCCGGGUUUGGUGAGAGCGAACACACACAGACAACACGAGUUGUCUGGAGUCUUGCACAAUGUUGGCCUUGAAAAGACUGUAUGUUUUAAUAUUCACCGCAACAUUCGCGUUAUUUAUAGGGGUAAGAUGUCACGAGCAACAUGCAGCAGCCACAGACGACUCGGCGGAAUUUCACGAAACUCACGCAGACGAAGAAACACACCAGCUGAAACACCUGUUCGACAGGCUAGACAUGGAUGAAGAGGGCAUCAGACACAUUAAGGAACAUCUGAGUAGAAUCAUCAAACUUCCUGAAGGCAUAGAUGACAUCGAUGACGGGCAAGCCAUGUUCUACCUGUUCCAACUGCACGAUUUCGACAGGAACAACAAGCUGGACGGUCUGGAGUGGCUGGCUCUGCUGACCGACUUUGCGGACACGGUACCGGUCAGCGAAUCAGGGCAAACGGGAGGGACCAUGGUUCUUAAAGAGGCGGAGGGUUUGGUAGACAAGUUGCUGACCGAACAUGAUCUGGACCAAGACGGUUACAUAGAUUUUGCAGAGAUGAGUGUUGUUGACAAAGGACCAGAUACGGUGUGGACUCGUGUAGGAAGUGUAGACCCAGAAACUUUGUAGGGGGAGGAUAUUGUAAAAUCAGUUCUGUUUACAGCCAAGUUUCAAUGUACUUUUUUUGGAGUAGAAAGAAAUGAGUUUGCUGAAGUAAAAUCUUGUGGAGGGCACACAAUAGAGAAGUGUAUACGCGACGUUUCCAAACAGGUGUCGUUAUUUUUGGGGUCCAACUUAUGUGAAAUGUUUAGUUGAAUAUGUAUGUUAUGUGCAAUGUAGAGUUAGGUAUGGUUGAGACUUAGCUUGAACAUAUCAAUAUUGGUUGAGAUUUUGCUGGGACAUAUCAAUACCGCAUCUUGUUGUGUUGAACAAGCAUUUAUGAUGGUGUAGAGUCUUGGUAACUGUACAUUGUAGUUGUUACAAUGUUUAUGUACUGUAAAAGGAUUUGAGUUUGCAAGGAUUCCAUUUUCGUGGAAGGGAUAAAAUGGAGUGUUUUAGGUGGUUUUGAGUUUUAGGUUGAAACAAGCUGAGCAGAAGACAGAGCAAGCAUUCCCACAGUGGUUUUAAGUUAAUGGCGAAGUGAGCACCGCAAGUAUAUUCCAGUAGAUACUCUAUUUCUUUAAAGUAUAAAAGUGUGGUGAGAUAAAAAUGAUCUAUGCAAUACAGAAUUGGUAGUAAGAAAUAGGAUUUAUUUGUACAAGGUGGAAUCAACUACAAGGAUUUCUUCCAAAAAAUGAAAACUUAGUGUAAAAAUGGCUUGUGGUUGUGAUAAGUAUAGGUAUUGGUACUAAUUUGCCAUGAUACUAGUUGAUGAUGCACUAAACUCCUGGUUAUUUUAUACCUCUGCUGUAUUUGACUGUCACUACCAUAUUUCUAGAUGUUAGACCUAAACUAAGUCAGUACAUAUUAUGUUCCUUCAUUUCAGGCCUGCUAAAAAUUCCUUACUGUUUCAAGAGAAGAAUUAAGACCAUGUAGAUCAUUUCAACUGUACAAUUUUGUCACAAUGUUUAAAUAUCACAUGUAGUUCUCUUAAGGAUGAUAAAAGUGAGGAGAGCCAGAAAUGAUCUGUACAAUACAAAAUGAUAUCAAGAAAUAUUAUAGGAUUUAUUCUUUGUACAUGGUGAAAUACUUC